CGCCGUUUUGGGUGUUGUAAUUUUUCCACUUUUUCUCUUUGAGGUCAAAGGCCGAUCGCGGUGCAUCUUCCUUUAUUUACUUGGCCCCUGUAGCAAGUCAUGGCUGCCCUUCAGAUCAAGCCAGCCCAGCUGAAAAAGCUGUUCACUUAUGGCGGCGUCCGCACGAUGGCUGCUGCCGCGCAGGGCAAGAAGAACAUUGUGCUGGUGGAGGGUGUCCGCACGCCUUUCCUCAUGUCUGGCACCGAUUACAACAAGAUGAUGCCCCACGAUCUGGCCCGCGAGUCGCUGCUUGGCCUGGUGCGUAAGGUGGGCUGCGAGCCGUCCGACAUCGACUACGUCACCAUCGGCACCGUCAUCCAGGAGGUGAAGACGAGCAACAUCGCGCGCGAGGCGAUGCUGGGCGCCGGUUUCUCCGACCGCACCCCGGCGCACACUGUCACCAUGGCCUGCAUCAGCUCCAACGCCGCCAUCGCUACCUCGGUGGGUCUGAUCCAGGCCGGCGUGUACGACACGUGCGUGGCUGGCGGCGUCGAGUUCAUGUCCGACAUCCCCAUCCGCCACUCGCGCCAAAUGCGCGCCCUGAUGCUGCGCGCCAACCGCGCCAAGACCAUGGGCCAGCGGCUGGGACUUCUGGCCUCCAUCCGGCCCUCGUUCUUCACACCGGAGCUGCCCGGUAUCGCCGAGUUCUCCACCGGCGAGGUGAUGGGCCACUCGGCCGACCGUCUGGCGGCGGCGUUCUGCGUCAGUAAGGCCGAACAGGACGAGUUCGCCACGCGCUCCCACCGCUGCGCCAUGGACGCGCGCGACAAGGGCUACCUCUGCGACGUGGUACCCGUGAAAGUGCCUGGUAAGGAGGUGCUGGUGGAACAGGACAACGGCAUCCGUAUCACCCCGCCGGAGAAGAUGGCGGCCAUGAAGCCGGCCUUCAUCAAGCCGCACGGCUCCGUCACCGCCGCCAACUCGUCCUUCCUCACCGACGGCGCGUCAGCGUGCCUCAUCACCACCGAAGAGAAGGCCAAACAGAUGGGCUGGAAGCCCAAGGCGUACCUCAGGGAGAUGACGUUCGUAUCGCAGGACCCCAAGGACCAGCUGCUGCUCGGACCGACGUACGCCACGCCGCGCGUCCUGGAGAAGGCCGGCCUGAAGCCGAAGGACAUUGACGUCUGGGAGUUCCACGAGGCGUUCGCCGGUCAGAUCCUGGCCAACUUCAAGGCCAUGGACUCUGACUACUUUGCCAAGUCCCAGAUGGGCCGCUCGGCCAAGGUGGGCGCUCCACCGAUGGAGAAGUUCAACAACUGGGGCGGCUCGCUCAGCAUCGGACACCCCUUCGGUGCUACCGGUGUUCGUCUGGCGAUGCACGCGGCGCACCGUCUGAUCCAGGAGGACGGCAAGCUGGCUCUGAUCGCCGCCUGUGCCGCCGGAGGACAGGGAGUCGGCAUGAUUGUGGAGCGCUACCCGGGAGCCAAGCUGUGAGCCGACCACGUGACUGGACACCCACAGACGCCGCCAGUUGCCGGAGAUACUCCGGCGCCUUAACCCGCGAGUUGCUGGGGGGGGGGGCGUUAAACGCCCCCACUUUUUUCGCCGGGCCAUAGCAUAAAAACGGCGCGCCGCAGGCGCGCCAAAUUUUGGGUACCUGUAGGGAAUUGGUUGAAGUUUAUUGUGACAAAGUUUCAAAAAAUUCGGUCGGGAAAUUUUUGAGAUAUCGAGGUUUUAGUGACGUCAUGAUUUCUGAGUUUUCGACCAAAAACGGCAUAUGUUCAAAAAAUCAUAUAAAAUCACAGAAUAGACAUACAGACAUGCUGUAAACGCCAUUAGACUGCCAAUACCAUGUUCAAUCAAAUGGAUAUCUUCGAUUAUUGAUUAUUGUUCCGCAUUUUCCAUAAUCUUGAACUGAAUCUUGGCAAUUUUUCGUGACUACUUCACGACCAUGAUACAUGAAUUUCUUAAAUUGAACUUUUUGAGCCAAACACGUACACAUAUGAUAAAAUAAAUGUCACCAUCGUGUUCUACGCCCCAAAUUACCUAUAAAACAUGUGUCACAGGCUGCGAAUAUCAGUUUUGAUUUUCGGGGAUAUGUGCCUACCCGGUUGACCUGACCUUGACCCUGACCUAUGCUUGACUGACCCCUACAUGGAGCUGACACUCUUGUAGGCCUUAUAAGAUGGAUUGUGCACCGUUUUGACAGAGUUUAUGGCGAGAGGCGCCCAUUGCGAAGUCCUGAAGUCCAUGCUACUGAAAGCCCGAUUUCAGGUGUUUGACCUGACCUUGACCCGACCUGUGACCUCAAAAUUCAACUUUAAAGUACUCAUCUGAAGCGUCUCGUCGCGUUCUUUCGUUUGCCGCCUCGUGCGUUUCGCUGCGCCUAUUGGUUCUCGAGUUAUCGGCUGGGGGCGUUUAACGCCCCCCCCCAGCAAACGGUGGGUGGCGAAAUACCCCAGCAACUGCCGGGUUAACAAUGCAAGUGGCCUCCCGUGGGGCGAGCGGGAGGCUGCCACGGUUACGGGCCGGGUCAGCCAGAGGGGCGACCGGCGCCAGACCCCGCGCCGUGGUGAAAUGCGCGUAUUUUAUCGGUAUGGGCACAUACGCAGUGCUGACGAUUUUGUAUGAAAGGGGAGUGUGAAGAGUGGUGCAGUUAUCGGAGUACGAACUGGAAACUUAUCUAGCGCCUGUUUUGAGCACCGCGAGAUGUGAUGGUGGUUCGUUAUCAGAAAUAUGGCUGAUCUGGGAGAUAAACAUGUUGGAAUGAAUGGAUUAUAGGUGGCCGUUGUCGAAAUCGAUAUCGGCCGUGAAACGAACAUCGCUCGCCUAUCGGCUGUAUUUGGACUGUGGCGCCACCUGGAUAGUGGUGGGCCGGUGUUGACAAUAUCAACACCGAUAAACACGCGCUAUCCUGUCCCAGACAAGUGUGAUCCAUGUAGCCUGCUGAUUCCAAUAAACGGAACUUAUUGUGA